AUGGUAGAAAUAGUAGUUUAUGGAGCUAUAAAGGCACAAAAGCUAGAUUUGGAGGAGACCUAUGAGCGGAUUCACAAGAUUAGGAUCACUCUUUCCUCCAAUAAUGUCAAAAACCGUAAGAAAGUUUACAUUGACUUGGUUCAUGGUGCCAAGGAUAAGAGACCGAGGGUUAAAGGACUAGUGACAAUUGCUACCAAGCAUGUUAUUGAUCUCUUCGGUUCGCUAAUGUUGUCAAACAAAUUACCUCUAUUACAAUUUAACCCGAGUGUUGAGGUUAAAGUUACCAUUGUUGAUUAG